AGGAGGUUUAAACCAGUUUGGUACAGUGGGAUGUUAGAAGGAGUUUAAUGUUGGUAAAGUUAGUGGGAUACCAGCCCCCCCCGUAUAGAUAGAUAUAUAUGUAAUGCACCAUGUUUGUUGUUUGUUUAUCCUCAGACAAGUAUAUUCUCCGAGACCAACUAGCCUAAUCGUCUGAUUAUUUUCACUUACCGUCUAGCAACGAGCAACGUUCGUUCAUAUACUUACAGCAGUGUCGGUAGCCAAUACGUCAACGUGCAUCACGUGCCGUGGAAGCAACAAGCUCGGAGAAGAGAGAGUAACAGUGAUAUUCGAUAUCCUGUUGGUCCGAUCUCUCGGAGAAAAGAUAGAACGAUAAGGCUGGUGAAGACUGGAUCUAACCGUAACCGUAAGAUUACUUACUAAGAGGAGUAAACUAUGAUUGGACACUUGGAAAACGAUGCUGUCACUCUUAGCAGUUCGGGAGAGCUUCAGAUAACGGCUGACCGUAUAGUAGAAGCAGUUGUUAUCUUAAUGAUCUGCUUGACGAUUAUUGGAACCAAUGUGCUUGCUAUUGCCACCAUUUUGACAUCGCCGGUGCAAAAAGAGGCCAUGGAUUACUACAUCUUGUCCGUGGCCACGGCAGACCUGAUGUGUGGGGUGGUCAUCGUCCCUCUGUCGGUGUAUCCAGCGGUGUCCCGGCACUGGAUGUACGGCCACCUUCUGUGUAGAAUAAGUGGCUACCUAGAACUGACCCUUUGGAGUGUCAGUGUCUACACCUUUAUGUGGGUUGCUGUGGAUCGCUAUUUGGCCAUCAGGAAACCUCUUCGCUACGACACCAUACAGACUCCAACCCGAUGUCAGUGCUGGAUGGUUUUCACCUGGGUGACGUCCAUGUUUCUCUGCUGCCCGCCCCUCCUUGGGCUCUCCAAGGGGGUCUAUUACGAGGACGGAUUUGUGUGUAUGCUGGAUCUUGGAGGGAUGCUUCCGUACAGCGCGACACUCCUGGUUCUUAUCCUAGCCCCUGCUGUCAUCACCAUUGUCUACUCAUUCUUCUACAUAUUCUCUACGAUGCAUAAGAUGCGCCAAUGCAUGACGAAGGAAGAGAAGGAAUACGCCACCGCCAUGAGCGAGAACCUCUCCAAUCCUGACCACAUGAUGGCCUUUGUUCUCAUCUUGGUGUUCACCAUCUCUUGGGGUCCUUGGUUUUCGCUUCUGAUUUACGAACAACUCAUGGGGCACCACAUCGGAGUUCACUCUCUCCACUUCUGUCUCUUCUGGCUUGGAAUCUCCGACUCGAUUUGGAAACCUGUGAUUUACAUCUUAAUGAGUCCUAAGAUAAGAUAUGGUCUGAAGAUUUUAUGUAGGUCUCUCAGUUGCCGCUGGAAGGGCAAUCCCGAAUUCUUUAUCUAGGAG